UUUUUCAGAUCCAGUAAUAGUUGAACAAAAUGGCUGAGAGAACUGAUGUGAAUGAAAUGUUUCAAAAGAUGGGAGAGAAAUUAGGCUGGUUCAAGCAUAAUAAUUCGGAUGAGGCCAAAAAUGCAGUGACACUGAGUGCAAAGAAGAAAACAAAAGUGAAGAAAGGAAAUGUUGACACAGUGAUUGAUGAUUCCAAAUCAAAUGGAAAGAAGACAGACAAACUGAAACUGAAAAAGAAGAAGACAAAAGUUACAGGGGAUGCUUCUAAGCAAUCAGACAAAUCAGGAACUCUUGCCAAACAGACAUUGCUACAAACUAAAGCCCAAAGUUUUAAAGUGUUGCUGUCCUCUGACAGUGAUUCAAGUUUCACAGACAUACCUAAACAAAAGGUCAAAACAGGCAAUGGAAAGGCUGUCCUUCAAGUGUGUAGUGACUCUGAUGAUGAUCUGGCACAUACUGGAAUUGCUAAUAAUAACUCUAAUGCAUGUAUUAAAGAAAGCUUUGUAGAUGCAGUUGAAGGUAUAUAUGUACCAGAAAAUAUGUCAUGUCCAAAGUUCGAACCAAUUUUAGAUGUAAAACCAAAGAGAGAAUCUGAUAUAGACUAUAAUGAUACUGUUGUUAAGAACAGAGUUUCUCUUGCUUCUUGUACACUAGAUCUUGACAAUCUUGGUGAACCACUAGUUGAAUCUACCAGAAUACAUAGACGAAGCAGUAUUACUUACAAAAGAAUUAUUGAAGAUUUGGACAGUUCUGCAGAAGAUUGCAAAGUGGUUGAAAAUACUAACACAUUUAGAAGAGAAAAGCUGGCAGAUGAAAUGAUGGACCAUGAAGCAUCAGUAUGUGAUGAAACUAAUUAUGUAACUGCAACAGAAAUCGUUGAUGAUACAUUGAAUUCAUCACAGUCAAAUCACUCUAACGGAAAAUUUGGUGAUAGAGCUCCCAUCAAAGAAAUGAGAAAAAAGCCAGAUAACCUCAGGGAAGAAAAGAAAAAUGACAAUCAUAUAUGUAAAAUAAGGAGCCCGAUUCAUUCAGACAAGAGUGAAUCUGAAGAAGAGGUGGAAGUAAUGGACACUGCCACUCAGACAGAUGAAGUUGUUAUUGCUGACAUUGAUAGUUUAGAACAGACUGGCGAAUCAGAUAAGAAAGUGCAUAGAGCAUAUAAAGAAGAAACCAUUUUGGACACCCAAGGAAAACUUCUUGAUUUUUACAACAGGUAUAGAACAACUGAUAUGUAUGAUGAAGACACUGUGCAGGAUAGUCAUGCUAUUGCAGAAAGUCGUUCUCUUCAACAAGUAUCGGAUGCUUUAGAAUUGUCAAAUUCAGAAAAAGAACAGUUAGGCGUAUCUCUAUAUACUAACAUUACAGUUAUUGAAGACAAGCUUGCAUCAACAACUAUAAGUACACAUGUUCAUGACUAUUCUAAAGAAACAGUUGGUCAUGAAAGCAAGUCUUUUUCAAAAACAGAUGUUUUUAAUAAUACUACUGGUUUGGAUAACAACACUGCUGUAUAUGAUCAAGAAACAAACAUCACAGAUUCUGGUCAUAAUCAUUUUGAAGCAUAUGUACCAUUGGUUGGGGUUAAUGAAGAUUUACAAGAAACAAAUAAUGGUGUGGAAAAUGUGCAUGAAGAAAUCACUGAUGGUGAAAUUAAUAGUACCGAAUCUGAAACAAAGUCAGAAGCUGAAGAAAGUAUAUAUGAAGUCAAUGAUGCCGGCACACAAACUGAAGAGCUUUAUAAGGUAGAGAGAGCUUCUGCUGAUGAAGAACAGAAAGAAUCAGAUCAAAGUAAUGUUGAAGCUGGAAGCAGUGAGGAUGAACUAAAAGAAAAGGAACAAAAUGAAUGUUCUGGCAAUGAUGAAAGUGUCAGUAAAAAUGAGGCAGAUUUUAUUAGGAAGAAGAAAAUGAUGGAAGACAUAUCAGAUGAAUCUGAUACCAGUGAAAGAAGUAGGGAGGAUAUCUCUGCAAGAACUAGUGACAGUAGUGAUAGCUCAGAUGCUAUUAGUGCAAGUUUUGCGAAGCUUGCUGAGAAGUCUAGGAACAAGAAGCAGAAGAAAGUAGAUGUCACAGACCAGAGCUGGAGGUCCAGUAGAAGAUUCAGCAGUGAUUCCAGUAGUGAUGGUGACCUUGAAGCAUUUUUCCAGAAACUGAAGAAGCCAGAACAGAAAAAGUCUGAUUCAUCAAGUCCAAUGAGGUACAUGUAG